CCGCUAGAAUGUAAUAUACAUAUAAAUGACUAGAUGAUUUUUACUGCAAUACAUAUUCAUUAAUAUUAGGCUAGAUUUUUCCUAAUAGGUAAAUUAAAAAGCAGUAAAUGCGGUAUUAUUACAACAAAAUAAAGUAUUGGUAUCUAUAUAUUCAAUUCACACUUUUCAGUAAUACUAUCGAAUAUCAGAAAUCUGAGAUUGAAUUUUAAGUUAAUCGUCUAUAAUAAAGCAAAGAAACUACAUCAUUACAUGACUUUAUCAUAAUAUACUUUGUUUGAACUAGCUGUAGCACAGUAAAACACAGAAUACUAUCUAAAAUAGUAAAAAUUCGAUUAAGAUUAAAAGCUACACCAAAAAAAAAAAAAUUACGUACUGCUUUUGUAUUGGUUAAAAAUUGAAUAUUGUUCUGGUCAUUUAUUAAUAUCACGAAUAAAAUUUUCUAACACUGAUCAUCGGUAAAGAAUAACAACUAUAUUAAGACCCUAUAAUUAAUAUUCAGAAUCGUUAUAUUAUCGAUACAAGCGUCAUAUUUAAUAUUCAACUAAUUGAAUGUAUGAAGUAAUUAAAAAUAUAUUAUUAAAGGCCAUUACGCAUCCGGACGGUUUUCCCUUUGGUUUUCAAUAACUAUCAUUAUUUAAUUACUGGGUAAUAUUUUUAUGUAAAACCGAGUCGAUUUAGAUUAUUUUAAAUUAUCGGUUUUUAGAUAAUUUUGUCAUUUAACAUUUCACCAUGGAAGGCGGCAUACUACUGAUUUUUGCUUCGUUAUGUUUGGCGGUCAACUGCCAGUUCUACAAUCACCAACAUAGAUCACCUUUCGGUGGGUUUGAGAGUAUCCCACGGUUAUUGAGAGGGAUAUUCUCUCAUCAUCAGCACCAACAGCCCCCGGGAUACAUGUACAACCAACCACCUGAUAUGAAUGGUAUAGAUUCAGAUGGCAAUGGUAUGACUCCAGUAUUGAUACCGAUUGACAGUUUGGGAUAUCCCAAUCAAAGGUACCAGUACAAUAAUAACAAUAAUCCAAUGGUAAAUCGGGCACCAUAUAAUAACGACCCACCAAGGAACAUUGUACCUAGAGAAGCGCCUCUUACAAGCAGAUCCCCUACUGUUUCCAGUGAAGAAGAUCCUCCCAUUCCGGAGACACUUCAUUUAAGUUCAUCAACUACUACAGAAGCAACAACAACAACAACAGAAUCAACAACGCCGGCUGUAGAUAUAACAACAAUAAGUCCUAAUGUGACAGGUUCUGGAAGUGAUUUAAAUGAAUUACCUGAAGCUGACAAAAAUUAUUUAAGUAAUGCGGAUACAAAUACUUCACGAGUGAGUUGUAAGAAUCACGAUUUAGAAAAUCAGCCACGGAAUAUAAAGCGGGAAGCUAAUUCAAAUAAAAAUGACGGAGAAAAGUUAUCCAAAGACUCGGCAAUGAUUAAUAAGCAAACUAAGCCGUAUCCAAUUGUUUAUCCAGAUCACGUCAAUCAAUUCAAGAAGAAUGCUGAACAAAAACAAAACUCUAAAGAUUUUCCUAAACAUUUCUCAGACGGGCCACAAUUAUUAUAUGCUGUGAAUAUUGCACCUUCCUUAGCUUCUCAAUAUAACAGUGGAUCUAAUUCGCAACCCGCAACUAAUAUUCCUAGCCAAUCAAAUGCACCGCUUACGAAUACACCAAGUUAUAACCUAAAUACGCAAUAUACGAAUCAACCGGCAUACGUUUGGCAGAACGCAAACCAACCUUUGACAAACAACAUGCCGAGUACAGUCCAGAACACCAUUGCCUUGCCCAAUGCGAAUGGAGGCACAACAUUAUACUCCGUAGUAAAUCUCCCAAGUAAUAGUUAUGUACCAAAUCAAGUACAGUACCCUACAAGUAACAUCAAUACGGGUAACUAUCAAACAGUGACAGACAAUGGAUCUCCCUACUACGUGGUAUCACAACCGAAUCAAAAUACACAACAACAGCAAAAUACAGAGACGGUUGUGCCCUACAGCAACGCACCUAUGACGUAUACAGUUGGGUAUGUAUCUAGCAAUGGGCAGACUAUUCUGGUACCAAGUAACUCUCAGGUGUAUCAGCUGAGUCCAGAGACUAACUAUAGUCCAGAGACUAAUUAUGCUCCAGAGACUAAUUAUGUUCCCGAAACAAAUGAUCAAAGUAAUGUCAUGACUGUGGCAGCGCCUAGUAAUACGAUUACUCUGCCAGAAAACACAGAUACCUACACUUUAUUAAGCUUUAAAGAUAAAGCAGACAAGAAACCGAAGGAUAAGAAAACAAAGGAUGCAGAUGAUGCAGAUAGUCCUGAAGUUAAGGCAGACUGAAGACAAUGAUUCUGUAAAUAGUGUUAAAUGUGAGUGAAACUCAAACUGUUAUUCAAAAUAAUUUAAAUAAAUUA